UCAGAAAAGAGAAAUGUCCGCUUCCGUCAGAAGCAUGUCUUUGACAGUCUGCCGAGUGGCUUACAGAGCCUUUUAUCCAGCCACGCGUGCAUUGUAUUGUGGAGCUUGCUUAAGAACACAAAACAGCCCUGCUGAAGGAUCAGGGGGCAUCAUUGAAUCCACAGAAGAGUUCAAGUUUGUGGAGAGACUUAUUCCUCCUUCACGCAUCCCAACUCCUCCUAGGCAUGAUGGUCCUGCUCCGUCAGGAUGGACCCCACCACCAGAUACUCCACCUUCACUGCCCUACAUGAUUCGUCGCUCCAGAAUGCACAAUGUUCCUGUUUACUCUGACAUCAAGCAUGGGAAUCAGCAAAGCACUCUGCUCAGAAAGGUUGAGGGAGACAUAUGGGCCCUGAAUAAGGAUGUUAAGGAAUUCCUGCUGGGCCUUACGGGCAAAGAGCCUCCAACACAGGUCAAUGAAGUAACCGGGACUAUUAGAAUUAAAGGGCAGUUUGAUAAAGAGCUGAAGGACUGGCUUCUGAAGAAGGGAUUUUAAAUGCUGAUGUGGUGAACAGUCACUGGAGUCUCAAAAGACACAGUUAAUGAACUCAACUGCAAUACAGAAAAGGCUGAGUGAUAAGUUUGUCAGCUUGUUAACAUUUUGUUACAUGUUAUCUCUGAUGUUUAUUAAAAGAAAUAAAUGUAAGGUAUUCUCACAAAA